AUGCUCGCCGGCAUACUCCUACCUGUUCUGGGCCUGAUGGGCGGGGCCCUCGGUGCACCUGUUGAGCAUGUUGACAGCAUUCUCGUUCGCCGGGGAGAAGUCGGACACGACAAGCUGAGCCCCAGUCCGCAAAAGGUACAGGACAAUGCCGUGGGCGAAGCCAUUGCGAGGUUCAACCCACUUCUCCAUGUCGCCCACGGGUGCCAACCGUACACCGCGGUUGACGAUGCCGGCAACACAAGUGGCGGACUCAAACCCACCGGCAGCUCGAAUGGAGGCUGCAAAGACACGAGCAAAGGCCAGACCUACGCCAGAGGAGCAUGGCACAAUGGCAAAUACGCAAUCAUGUACGCGUGGUAUUUCCCCAAGGACAUGCCCAAUGAUGGCGUGCCCGUCGGCUCGCAUAGGCACGACUGGGAAAGCCUCGUCGUCUGGCUCAACAAUGCUUCGGUCGCGAACCCAGAGAUCCUCGGCGGAGCGGCCUCGGGGCACGGCGACUUCAAACCGACAACGAACCCGCAGCGGGAGGGCGACAGCUUGAAGAUCGAGUACUUCACGCAGGGAAUUCUCAAUCACGAAUUGCAGUUCACCGCCACGACCGGCCGGACGUACCCUGUCCUUGACUGGGAUGCCAUGAGCGCGACGAUGCAGAGUGCUCUAAACGACGCAGACUUUGGCGACGCCAAUGUGCCGUUCAAGGACGAAAACUUCGUCGAAAAUCUUGAGGAAGCCUUCGUCUAG